AUGAGUCGUUCUUCGCAGAACUCGGAGACGAUCAUCUUCCUGACGGCAGCGCCUCGCGAUGAAGAAGAGCCACCAGCCACCGAGAGCAGGCGACCCAAUAGCAGGAAUCAGAUGUCGCGCAAGACCGUCUACAAGAUCGUGCAGCAGGCGCCGCCCCCAUCUCCGCCGUCGCCCGAAGAGGACGAAGAGCAGCGCGAAGUGAGCGUGAACAUCUCCCUGGAAGAGACCAACGCGCCGAUGGGCAAGGCACCGGGGAUCCCGAGCGGGUCGCAAGUUCUGCGCGUCCUCCCGCAGGGCGCUAGCAUUGUGCUUGAGCAGGUAAGCACUCCGCCGCCGCGUCCACCGUCCUCGUCAAUGCCUCCGAGGCGCAAAUCCCUUCCGGCUUCGAUGCCGCCCAAGAGCCCCAAGCCCCAGUCUCGUCCGCCGUCUAGGUCCAAGUCGCGACCGCUCUCCCCUCCCGUCAUCAAAGUUGUCCAGGAGCAGAGCUGGUACGAGAGCGAACCUGAGACGGAGCCGGAGCCGGCGCCCGAGCCUGAGUCCUCGAACUCUGAAGAAACGGAGUUGAAAAUCAAGUUCGAGAUCGGUGGCCGUAGCGGUUCGGAAGAGGGAGGGAGGCCUGAGCGCCGCAGGCAUUCCAAGUCGCCAGAACCGACCUGCGACUGCGAGACGCUGAAGCGUCGGUCCCUCGUCGACAAGCUCGCCUGCACCUAG